AAUUUUACUGUAGCGAUGAAAAUUACGUUUCCCUUAUUCAAAACAACAAUGCACAUAUUUCCAGAGGAAUCAGAAUCGGAAAAGCGUAAACGUAAAUUGAGAAAUAAUAGAAUAAAGAAAUCAGUUUUGGAAACACGCCCAUUAGAAGAAUCCAAAGAAUCAAAGUCUGCAACUGAUGAAACCAAGGUAAAAUCUCCACUGAAAGAAAGUUUGCUGAUGGCAGAGGUUGAAAAUGUUGUCCAUAAUAAAUUUCGACAAACUGAGGAAGUUAAAGCUCUCACUCAAGAAGUCAUCAAAACUAUUCGAGACAUUAUCAGUCUAAAUCCUUUGUACAGAGAUAGUUUGCAGCAGAUGAUGCAUCAAGGACAAAGGGUUGUAGAUAAUCCUGUAUAUCUAAGUGAUUUAGGUGCGGCCCUAACAGCAGCAGAAAGUAAAGAACUUCAAGAGGUCUUAGAAGAGAUGGACAUUCCAAAAAGGCUGAUGCUAUCUUUAUCACUUUUAAAAAAAGAAUAUGAACUCUCAAAACUUCAGCAAAAAAUCGGAAGAGAAGUAGAAGAAAAGGUCAAACAACACCAUAGAAAAUAUAUAUUGCAAGAACAACUGAAGGUAAUCAAAAAAGAAUUGGGCCUUGAAAAAGAAGACAAAGAUGCAAUUGGUGACAAAUUCAAGGAGAGAAUAAAAGACAAAGUCUUACCUCAAGCCGUAUCAGCUGUUAUAGAUGAGGAAUUAAAUAAGUUGAGUUUCUUAGAAAGUCACAGUUCGGAAUUCAACGUUACAAGAAAUUACUUAGAUUGGUUGACUUCACUUCCAUGGGGUGUUCAAAGUGAGGAAAAUCUCAAUUUGCAAAGAGCAUCUGAAAUUUUAGACCAGGACCAUUAUGGAAUGGAAGAUAUCAAACGUCGUAUCUUAGAAUUUAUUGCAGUUAGUCAGCUGAAAGGCAGUACACAAGGAAAAAUAUUAUGUUUUCAUGGCCCUCCUGGUGUAGGAAAAACCAGUAUUGCACGGUCCAUUGCAAGAGCUCUAAAUAGGGAAUACUUUAGAUUCUCAGUAGGAGGAAUGACAGAUGUAGCGGAGAUAAAAGGGCACCGAAGGACUUACGUAGGUGCAAUGCCUGGAAAAGUUAUUCAGUGCCUAAAAAAAACUAGGACAGAAAACCCUUUGGUACUUAUAGAUGAGAAGCUGGAACUCACUGGUCAUCUUGGAGAUGUAAUGAAAGAAUCUGCAAAAAUAGCCCUUACUGUAGCUAGAAAUUUCCUCCAUGAAAAGGAUCCAGCUAAUAAAUUUUUAUUCACAAAUCAUUUGCAUUUACAUGUGCCUGAGGGAGCAACCCCUAAGGAUGGCCCUAGUGCAGGAUGUACAAUCGUAACAGCGUUACUGUCUUUGGCUAAAGGACAAUCAAUAAGACAAGAUGUUGCUAUGACCGGAGAGAUAUCUUUAAUAAAUGGGUCCACUUAA